UUCAAAAGUGUUCCAAUGGAGACGUUUAUUCUUGAAGAUACGAAGCCGACACAAAUCGGUGAUGAUCUGACCGGAAGCGCCCAGCUACUGGGUCCUGACGGCGUUACAUAUCGCGUGGUACAGGUAUCAGGCAGUGAUGGAACAACCGUUGUUGCUGAAGGGACUACUGCGGUUCAGGUAGUCGGAAGCACGAAUGGAGUCUUCCAAACAAAUGCCCCUCUAACAGAUGCCUUAGCAACUACCCCGACUGGUCCCUUUUAUGUUAUGAUGGCGCCGACAGAGAAUGCUGCCGUCAUCACGACGGCUUCGCAGCGAGCUAUUAUGCCUUCAAAAAACUCAUCGGCAACGUUCACGUCGCCAACAGCGUCUACAACUCGAAUAACCAAGACAAUGGCACGUGACGAGCGGCGACGAGCAACACACAACGAAGUUGAGCGACGCAGGAGGGACAAAAUCAACUUGUGGAUUUUGCGGCUCAGCCGUAUCAUACCCGACUGUAACCUGAACUCCGAGAGUCCACAAGGAGCUAACAAGACGCAGUCAUUACAAUCAAAAGGGAUUAUACUAAGUAAAGCUUGUGAUUAUAUCAAUGAGCUUAAGGAAAAAGCUGACAAAAGCCAUCAACUCAUCAAGGAAAAUGAGCAACUUCAAAUGGAAGUUUCUGACUGGCGUGCCAAAUACGAAUCGGCUGUACAUGAGAUCCAAAUGCUAAAAGAUAUCCUUUCUCAGCAAGGUAUUCAAUUCAACAUCUUUCGAGAUACGGCAAUGGGCCCUGGAACACAGCAACCAACAACUCCAACGGGCGAAUCGGGGGGAUCGUAUGAUGAAAGUGUCCUCGAUGAUUAACACCACUCACAUACCCUACCAGGCUAAGAUCGCUUAGGUCCAUUAAUAGACUGAAUGAACUGAUAGCCUCCAAUAAGAAAGAUAGCCUACAUAUUGAGGUGAUUACCCACCAGUAACGCCAUUACCCUCGUUAUCGAUAACACACAAUUUACAGCCACACAUGUCUUAAUCUACUUGCAGCACGUCUAUUGUUUAAAACACAAUCCAUGCUGAACUGCGUGUGUUAUGUCAAAAAAUGAUGGUCUGGCAGAGAUGAAUUCGUUCAUAGGCCACUGAUUUAAUUACCGUACGUUAGAUUAUUAACAUACGUUAAUUAACUAAUUAAUUAACGUUAAUUAACAUACGUUAGAAUCAAAAACGUGGGAAGGAGACAUCAAACAAUACGAUGUUGAUAGUUCUAGUGACAAAAGAUAGAGGAGCGAUCACUGUAAAAAACAUGUUUUUGGGUCUUUGUAUGCAGAAUGGAAAACCUUACUAUAACCGUAGUAAUAUCUAUAACAAGCAUGUAUAUAUCCGUUUCCCAGCCGGGUCGUUUGUAACUUACUGUAGAACCACUAAAGCGGAUCAUUUGUGCCUGAGUAAAUGUUGGUAAUUUGGGUGAGAUUAAAGCUUGCCUAUCUAUAUGGAUUUCGAUAAUGAAAUCUGCCAGAGCAUAUGUGAUUGUAUAUCAGUCCGAAUGACGGCUCUCAGUACAGUGAUUUUGACUUUAUAUAGAUUAUAUAGACUUGGGGGUAUAAUGGUACUAUAUCGACUUUGCAAGAUGACAAAGGAGUGAUUCAUUGUUUUUCCACUUAAAUUAGUAAUAAAAAACUAUGAGAAUACAAUGAACAUAAACGGCGACUUGUUGGUUCGUGGCAAAGAUUAGUUGUUUAAAAAUCAGAAUCAGUUCAAUAGUAAUCUGAAAAAAAUUGAAGCUAUACUUUUGCAUCGUUAUCGGUGAAAGACAUGCGUAAGCGAAACGCUAACGUAGGAUAUAGGGUAACAGCGACAAGGAUCUCGCAUUCAAUGGGCAUCGUGCAGGCUCCAGGCCUAUGUUAUAAUACAUGGUAAAAAUACCGAGUGUUAGCAGCAAAUAAUAUUGCGCCAUUAUAAAUUAAAUUCACUCACUAGCAAUGUGAAAACAAAAUGUUGUAGGAAGAUGAAACUGAGAAAAGCUUUGAAAUCCCCAGUCAGUGCCGUUAAGUAGUUAUCGAUAAUGACGUUACGACAAAUUCAGCGCAGUAACAUGAACAGGAUUAUAAGACCCUGCGAACGAACAAUACCAUGCGAUGUAGCCUGCGCGAUUAAGUGAACACAUUCAACGUAUUAUACCGUCAUUAUCCACAGUUAAGAAAUCGAUGAUCAUGAAGGACAGCUACGACUCUUAGAUUAGCUAAGGAAUAGCUAUUAAUAAUAAAAAAAUGUUAUCUAUAAAGAAAAAAAACAAAGCAAACAUUAAGCUGUAAAAAGCACGGAGACAAUAUAACUACAUAACAAUACUAAUCAUAAUAUAGUAGUAUAUACAUAUAUAUAUAAUAUUAGGGUAAAAGGUGUAGCAGAACGUUUGCGUUGUGUGAUAUGUUGAUGCUACAUGCCUUAUGGCGCGAAGAUUGGGCAACUCCACCAAUCAGUGUAACUAUAUAACUUGUUUGUGUUGUAAUAACGGCGUAUUGAUAUACCGUAUUUUACUAUCUCGUUUACAUUAUGAUAAACCACCGUAAACUUUUCAAAUAACACAUUGAUUCCCAUCACAGCCUUGUUUUUUUUAUCUAUAAAUGUGACUGCUCCCCUUGUAUUUAUUUCAGACAAGCGAAUCAAUGCCGAUAUGGCUUCAAACGAUCUCAGUGGAUUCGUAUAGUACUGCUUUUUGUAUCCGUCACCAAUCAUUUUAUUCAAAAUCACACCCACUCACAUGCGGAGCACGUACAUGAUUUUU